AUGACUGCAAAUACACGGUCUAUAAACAUCAAGGGCGUUGUUUCCAAGAAAACAAGAAGUGAAAGUAAAUUUUUUGCAAGUACUCCAAGUUCUGAGGAUAAUUCUUCGAAUGAAGAUACGACAACUUUAUUAACAACGCAAAAAAAGAACCGAGAUAAAAAUCUUAUUGAUGAUUUGUUUACUAAUGAAGAAUUAUCUAGUCACACAAAAGGAUUUCCACAAACCCCAGGAUCAUUGGAAACUUUUGCAUCAAAUGAUGGAGCUCUUGUGUAUAAAGAUGACAAUCAUCACUCAUUCGAAGCUGCCAUGAGAUCCUCGAAUCCUUUCCAAGUAGCACCCCAUUAUACUCGUGACUAUGAGAGUAUUUUGGAUAGUAAACGACGUCAAGGUCGAUUGUUAUUAGUUUCGCUAUUGGAAAACUUUUGUUUAUUAUAUGAUACGAAUCCUGAAAGAAAUCACAAGACCUUCUUCAUCAUAUGUAAGACUUUAAGUGCUAUGGGAAUUAUUGAGGAGGAGUAUAUUGACGAAAUGUCUACCGUUCGAUCGUCGUACCAACGCACAUUUAAAGCUUUGCUCGUUCAAGCGUUGAAUUCGAUAAAGCAAGAACAACUAAUGAAGGAAUCCCAUAUGAUAAUGGAUUCGAACUCUGAAGCAGGAAUAACAAAUGCCAAUAGUCAUUCCGUUAAUGACUUUCAUGAAAUUCACAGAUUUCAUGAAAGCAACUCUAUACAUGACCCACACUCUCAAAUGUUUAAGAAUAUUUCGUUCCAAGAUAUACUUGAUCUCGAGAAUAGUAGAUAUAGCAACGAUUUCAUUGAAUUGAAGUUAUUAGGUAAAGGAGGAUUUGCUAGUGUUUGGCAGGCUAGGAAUAAAUUAGAUGGAAUAGAAUACGCGAUAAAAAAGGUAAGGUUUCGUGGUGAUAGAAUUCCAGAAGAAAAGGAAAAGAUUUUUCGCGAGAUUAAAUUUCUUGCUCGAUUAGAGCAUAAAAAUGUUGUUCGGUAUUAUGGUUCAUGGCUUGAGCAUAUCAAUAGUAAACAGCGAGAGACAGAGUUAUCUUCUUCAUUACAUUCAUGGGAGCAUACUUCAAAAUCAAGAGAUUCCAAUGAAUCAUCGACUAGCGGUAAUAGUAAUAUAAUUGAAGAUGGCUCACAAGAUGAUUCGGACAUAUUUAGAAUGUCAUUUUCGGAUGAUGAAACGAAGUCAGAGGAUUUCAGUGGUAUUGAUUUUGUAGGAGAGGACAUCUCUGCAGUAGGAGGAUUUCACUCUUCAAAUUCGGUUAAUGGACAUUCUUCAAGUCGCGAUCAGGCUCAUGGAGAAAACUUUAUUGAAGUAUGUCAAGAUUCGGAUGAUAAUGAGGAUAUUACGCAGAUGAAUAUUAAUCGAGAUUGGAUGCUCUUUAUCCAAAUGCAAUUGUGUCAUAGUAGUCUACGUGAUUAUCUAAAACGUAGAGAUUCUAAUCUCUUGACCACUAAGAAGGAUCCAUUAAAUGCGAUUGAUCGUCAUGCUAGUAUUGAAUUGUUUCGUGGUAUCGUUCACGGUGUUGCUUAUAUUCACUCUCAAGGAUUAAUUCACCGUGAUUUAAAACCGGGAAAUAUUUUCAUGGGCAUCGUUCUUGACAAUGGAUCAGAUCAGAAUAGUUGGAUUGCCGCAGAUAGUUCAUCUUUCGCUGUUGAACGUUUAGUUCCUAAAAUUGGCGAUUUUGGAUUAGUAACAGCAGUGGAUGGGGUUCAAAACGGUUCUCCUAUUGAUGAUGUCAUACUUUCCAAUAUGUUAAAGUUUAGAGAUGGAGAUAGGAUUUCUGGUAACAUACAACAUGGUUCUGCCUCCUCACCUUACAAUUUAAAAUCCAAAAGAACCACUGGAGUUGGUACAAUUACGUAUGCAUCACCGGAACAAUUGGCCAAACCCGCUUGUCCUUAUAAUGAAAAGGUGGACAUUUAUUCUUUAGGCAUCAUCUUCUUUGAACUACAUUUCCCGUUUUCAACUCGUCACGAACGUAUUCAAGUUUUAAAAAAUUUGAGGAAUGGAAUUUUGCCAAAAGGAUUUGUUGAAAGGUUUCCUAAAGAAGCCGCAUUCAUUUUAUGGAUGAUGGCUGAGGAUCCGGAUAAACGGCCUAACGCGAAACAAAUUUUAGAUUUUGAGUUAUUGGCGGGACCUAUUGAUGGAGAACAUGCAGAAAUGCAACAUAGACUAGUGCAAAGCACACAAAGAUUAGAUAUGGUUACAAAAGAGAAUGAAAUAUUAAAGAAAAAGCUUGCGGAGUUAGAAGAAAAAUUAGAGAAAU